GGGGCUAUGGCGCCUCGACCACAGCCGCUCAUGGCCCAAUCCAUCUCAAACGACAAGCGGGAGUCAGCGACCACUGGUCCAGAGCGAACCAAACGCCGCAGCUCCGACAAGGCUCAUCGCCGCGAACUGUGGCCUCUGGAUACCUCCAAGCUCAAUGGGCACACGCGCCGCACGGGGCUAUCUCAGAAGCCGAUAGCAGCCAUGGCGUCCAAGGCAAGCAAGGUCGACAUCAAGCUCGAUCCGAUAUGGGAGGACCUCGAUUGGGCCAUUGGGCAGAUGCUCAUUAUGGGCUGGGAUGGCACGGAAGUCACACCACAGAUCCGCACCUUGAUCGAGGAGCAUCAUCUGGGAUCCAUCCUUCUAACGGCUAAGAAUCUCAAGUCUGCCCACCAGACAGCCAAGCUCGUACAGGAGCUCCAGACUAUCGCUCACAAAGCGAACCACCCACAGCCACUGCUGAUCGCUGUAGACCAGGAAAAUGGUGGCGUCAAUAGUCUCUUUGAUGAAGAUUACGUCUGCCAGUUCCCCAGUGCCAUGGGCAUCGCCGCCACGGCCGGGCCGAAUUGGCUUACGAGGUCAAUAAGGCACGGCAUCCGCCGUCGGAGCCUGUGGCGUGAACAUGAUGCUUGGCCCCGUUCUUGACGUCCUCUCUAAUGCCAGAUAUCAGCCUCUUGGCGUCCGUGCCACGGGCGAUGACCCACAGGAGGUCUCGCAGUAUGGCAUUGCAGCAAUGAACGGCAUCAGAGAUGCUGGGCUAGCCUGCUGCGGCAAGCAUUUCCCGUCAUACGGCAAC